UAUAUAUGUGUGUGUUGUUGCCAAAUACAUGAAACUCAUCAGUGUUCUUUGAAGCCCUCUUGUUACAAGGAGGCAACAAAAAACAUGAGGCAGGGGCUUUUUUUCUCAAGGAGCUCCCAGUCCAGUUGAGAAAAUAGACACUCAAAAAUUAAGUCGAAUUUUAAAUGGAUCUGAUUCAGCCAGUAGUAAAGAUGACAGUAUAUGAUUAGCUGACAAACGAGAUGGCUGAUAAUUACACUUAGGAAUUCUAGGGAGGGAUACUUCGGGCUCCUGCAGUAGCGGAAGACUUGAGUCUCAUCUUGAAAGAGUUGAGCAUUUGCAGAGGCUGUCGGACGGAAAAAGACUUUCCUCUCUCCCUGACAGUCUCCACCAUGAUUCACAGCCUUUUCUUGAUCAACUCCUCUGGAGAUAUUUUCCUGGAGAAACACUGGAAGAGUGUGGUCAGCCGUUCUGUUUGCGAUUACUUUUUCGAGGCACAAGAGCGAGCAACUGAGGCUGAAAAUGUUCCUCCAGUUAUCUCCACCCCUCACCACUAUCUCCUAAGUGUUUACCGUCACAAGAUCUUUUUUGUGGCUGUGAUCCAGACGGAGGUGCCACCUCUGUUUGUCAUUGAGUUCCUUCACCGAGUAGUGGACACGUUUCAGGAUUAUUUUGGAGUCUGUUCGGAGCCAGUGAUAAAAGACAAUGUGGUUGUGGUUUAUGAGGUAUUGGAAGAGAUGCUUGACAACGGGUUUCCAUUGGCUACCGAGUCGAACAUCCUCAAAGAACUGAUAAAGCCGCCCACUAUCCUUCGAACCGUUGUCAACACCAUCACAGGAAGCACCAAUGUGGGUGACCAGCUUCCCACCGGGCAGCUGUCCGUGGUGCCUUGGCGACGGACUGGGGUGAAAUACACCAACAAUGAGGCCUAUUUUGAUGUGAUUGAAGAGAUUGAUGCCAUCAUUGAUAAAUCAGGGUCCACAAUCACUGCCGAGAUCCAGGGGGUUAUCGAUGCCUGUGUCAAGCUGACCGGAAUGCCCGACCUUACGCUUUCCUUCAUGAACCCCAGGCUGCUGGAUGAUGUCAGCUUCCACCCCUGCGUCCGCUUCAAGCGCUGGGAGUCCGAGCGCAUCCUCUCCUUCAUCCCUCCCGACGGCAACUUCCGCCUGCUCUCAUACCACGUCAGUGCGCAGAACCUGGUGGCGAUUCCAGUUUAUGUCAAACAUAACAUCAGCUUCCGGGACAGUAGUUCUCUUGGCCGCUUUGAAAUAACGGUGGGCCCCAAGCAGACUAUGGGGAAGACCAUCGAGGGGGUGACCCUCAGCAGCCAAAUGCCCAGAGGCGUCCUCAACAUGAGCCUCACGCCGUCUCAGGGGACGCACACGUUUGACCCAGUUACCAAGAUGCUGUCUUGGGAUGUAGGAAAAAUAAAUCCCCAAAAGCUCCCCAGUUUGAAGGGGACCAUGAGUCUUCAGGCUGGAGCUUCCAAACCCGAUGAGAACCCCACGAUUAACCUGCAGUUUAAGAUCCAGCAGCUGGCCAUUUCUGGACUCAAAGUGAAUCGUCUGGAUAUGUAUGGAGAGAAGUACAAACCCUUUAAGGGCAUAAAAUACAUGACCAAAGCUGGCAAGUUCCAAGUUCGAACCUGAAGGGAGAGUUCUGCAAAGGGAACAGUCACGAACACUUUUUCAUUGCUUACUUGUCUAAAAGUAAAAACUAUCAGCCCUCUCCUAGGUCACUGCCCACUCUGGACCACCUGCUCCUGUUUUCCCGUAGCCUUCAGUGCCCCGGAGCUAACGAAGGGAGGCCGGGCCGCCAGGGAGGCCUGCGCAGAGCCCACACGCCAGCAGCACCAACUCAGUUCUCAAAGCAGAGGCGUGCGAUGCAGGGGGAGGUACUUGAUGCCGUAUGUAACUACUUGUGACGUGGUUACCACAGGAAAAGACCAGCAUUUGUUACUCGCUUGGCUUUAAUUAUCUUAAGCCAAGGAAAGACGUCUUUGGUUUUGUUUUUUUUUUAAUUAAUUUAUUUUAUUAGUUAUUUUUGGCUGCGUUGGGUCUUUGUUGCUGCGCACCGGUUUUCUCUAGUUGCGGCGAGCGGGGGCUACUCUUCAUUACAGUGCACAGGCUUCUCACUGCAGUGGCUUCUCUUGUUGUGGUGCACGAGCUCUAGGCUCACGCGGGCUUCAGUAGUUGUGGCACGCGGGCUCUGUAGUUGUGGCUCGCGGGCUCUAGAGCGCAGGCUCAGUAGUUGUGGUGCACGGGCUUAGUUGCUCCGCGGCAUGUGGGAUCUUCCGGGACCAGCGCUUGAACCCGUGUCCCCUGCAUUGGCAGGCGGAUUCUUAACCACCGCGUCACCAGGGAAGUCCUGUUUUUGUAUUUCAAGCUGGGAAGAAAGAUUAGAAAGAGAGAGCAAGCUUGGAAGAGAAGGACUGUUAGCCAAGGAAGGGCCGGGGAAGGCUCUGUUCUCGGGGCAGCGUGAAGCACAUGUGCGCACCGCGCACUGAAGUGAGGAAGGCGGGAGGAGCCGUCCAGCCCCAUCUCCAGGGCGGCUGGGAGGAACAGAGUUGAGUGAGUUUCUUUUUGACCCCUCCGCUUUCGUACAAACAUAAAAAUUUGUACUUCUGGAAAUGCACUGGAAACUUCUUCGAGUGCACUGUUGACACGGAAACCCCAGUAGAAUCAGAUUUUCCCUUAAAGACUACGAUGCUCUCUGACCGGUUUUCCAGUACGGACCGCUGCAUGCCUCCAGCACGUGGCCUGGCAUCUUCAGCGAGGAUGAGCUGCCCCCUUCCAGGGGGCGUUGCCUGAAAUGCCUCUUUCCCUAACCCCCCAGCAGCUCCACUCACUUCACGCUACAGAAUUCCUGUUCCCUGAGGAGCGCUUCAGAGAAGCCAAUCCCAUCACCCCCAGGGCAGCAGGUUGUGUAGUAUCGGAGUGUAGAUGGCCCCCUCGUGCCACCUCUGUGACCCAGUGGUUCCUUGUUCAUGUCUGUCAGUGCUGCCCUGGUGCUGCAGUCCGACCUUCCCGUCUGCAGCUUUUCCAGUGGUGACCCUAAGUGAAAAGGAUGCUGACCACCGGGGGCACGGCCAGUCCUGGGAGCUGCCCAGUAAAGUUGUUUCCUCGGAGUCUCCACUGUAUGAUAUAUUUAUUAGCAAUGUAUAUCAACCAGUUGGUUUUUGUUUUAAGACAAAAAAGUCUCCUGAAUCGUUGAAUAAAACUGAUGUUGUAGGAAGAUGGA